GGAAAUGUAAAGGGAUUCAAUAAAUACUAAUACGGCUUAACCAGCUGUGAAAAUCAAUCCAGAAAGUUAUGGAUUUCUCUUAUGAAUAAAAGAUGCUCAACUGUUUUUAUAUUGUUCCUGCAAAACGUGCACGUUUGUGUUAAUGUUGAAUUUAUUAUGAAGGUAAUCAUUAGAUUGAUAAAUAGCAUUUAAGACUUUGAAUGUUUUUUUUUCUUCUUUUCUUUUCUUUUGGUGGAAUUUGGGAAACAAAUAUAAUGAGUUAAAUCCGCUCCUAAUGUUAAAGGGCAAAAACAGAAAGGUCGACUAUAUACAGUCUAUGGUCGACUGUAGGGCGGGAGCUAAGCUCUACGCAUCGACUGAUUGGACACGAGGGCGUUUCUGUUCUCGAAGAGCCAAUAAUCUCCCGCCUUGUCAUCCUGCUUAAGGACCAAUGGGAGAAGAAGCAGAAGAAGCUCGUCCAAUCAGCAGCGGAUACCAGCAGCCUGACAGAAACCCCGCCUGCGCAGUAGACGUCCCUCUAUUUUGGCGGUAUUGCAAAAAACAUGGCGGAAAAUUCGAAAGAUAAAAUAAUGUGCAGCGUGUCUUGUAAGAUGACGUAUGGCGAGCUGGAGGCCUUGUGUCGCACUGAGACCCUGCACUGCAAAGAGCUCGGAGUGAGCAGAGCCAAUGUCAACGAUUACGAGGUGGAGUUUCUCUGCAACUACAAGAAGACUAAGGAGGAGGAGGAGUUCUACCUGGUCAAGUGGAAGGGCUUCCCUGAGUCUGAUAACAGCUGGGAACCAAAGAGGAACCUCAAAUGCCCAAAGCUCAUGAAGCAGUUCCAUCUGGACCUGGACAAGGUGCUCCGGAGUCAGAAGAGGCGGGCCAUACCCAAAAAGUUGGAUAAGGAGGUGGCCUCGUUCCUGGCUCAGAAAGCCAAACUCCGUCAGAGUCUCCAGCGCUGGCAGGACCAUUUGAAUGACACUCGCAACCAUCCCGGUCGCAUUUUUGUCACAAACGACGUGGACCUCGAGGGCCCUCCAAAGAACUUCACCUACAUCAACAACUACAAAGUUGGCCCCGGCAUCGUGUUGAACGAGAUGGCUGUGGGUUGUGACUGUAUAAACUGUUUGGAGGAUCCGGUGAACGGCUGUUGUCCAGGUGCCUCCCUGCACCGCAUGGCCUACAACGACCGAGGCCAGGUCCGGAUCAAGCCGGGCUCGCCCAUUUAUGAAUGUAACUCCCGGUGCAGCUGCGGCCCGGAUUGUCCCAACCGAGUGGUCCAGAAGGGCAUUCAGUUUGACCUGUGCAUCUUCAAGACAGAGGAUGGCCGGGGAUGGGGCGUGCGCACGCUGCAGGCCAUCAAGAAGAACACCUUUGUCAUGGAGUAUGUGGGAGAGAUUAUUACUACAGAUGAAGCAGAGAAGAGGGGCCACCUCUACGACCGGCAGGGCUCCACCUACCUGUUUGACCUGGACUAUGUUGAGGAUGUGUACACAGUGGAUGCUGCGCACCAAGGAAACAUCUCCCACUUUGUCAACCACAGUUGUAACCCUAACCUGCAGGUAUUCAAUGUGUUCAUUGACAACAUUGACGAGAGGCUUCCCAGAAUCGCUCUGUUCUCAACACGAUCGAUCCGGGCAGGGGAGGAGCUUACCUUCGACUACAAGAUGCAAAUUGACCCAAUAGACACAGAAAGCACCAAAAUGGACUCCAGUUUCAGCCUGGCUGGGCUUCCCGCUUCGCCGAAGAAGAAGAUCCGAGUGGAGUGUCGGUGUGGCUCAGAACUCUGUCGGAAGUACCUCUUCUGACUGCAGGAAGUCUCUUGAAAACUGUACAGAAAUGUUUUUAAUGAUAUCUUUCAUUAUGUUUUUAUAUGCGACCAUGAGAAACUGUCAAGAUUUUAAACGUGCUUUUGAUAAGCAAGAAGAAAAGAACCAGCGACUUCUAUAGCUCAGAGGUGCUGCAUCUGAGCUUCACUUCAGUCUUCCUCCAUUGAUUCUGACAUUUCCUCUACCUGAGGACAACCUUACCACCUGCCCAGUGGGACAUUCAAUGGAAUCAAACUUCAGCUUCACUGUGAAUCCGCUGAAUUCUGUCUGAUGAUCAAGUCAGUUUCUCUCUUGAUCAUCGUGUUGACGUCACGCCUGAUGUUCUGGGUGUGUUCUCCCAGCUCCUGAAAGUUUGCUGAGCUCAGUCCAACUAUUUCAAAUACCUUGGAUUCUUGAAAAAUGCUAACUGUAUUAGCCAAAUACCAUAGUAUCUGCGUGUGGAGUCUGGAUGUUGGUCCUGCUCAGAUAACAUGUCACGCGAUUCUUUUAAGGAUAUUGGACCCGCAUCAGCCAAACCGCUUUCUGGAGUCUCUUGGUUGUUCUUUAUUUCAUUUUCUGUUUAAACUGGGGGAUUUUAGUAGUUGUGGAUAAAGUCACAUUUGAAUAAAACUUGAGCCUGAAAGCAUGACCUGCAUGAUAAUUUGGGUUCGUCUGUUUUGAUGUUAUUGCUGGACUGUUCAACAUCUCCCUGUGCCGGCCUUCAGCCCAGAUAAAAUACAGGGUUGUGUCAGAAAGAGCAUCCGCCAUGAAAAACAGCUUUCCUGUGGGAAGCAGUGAAAGCUACUUCACUGUAGCGAACCCUGAAUAAACAGUUCACCUAUGUCCAGAUUUCCUCCCUACUCCCUGAAAAUACUUGGUGCCCUGGAUUUUAAAUAUGACGUCACCUGAUAAAUGUGAACAUUCUAUGACGACUAUUUAUGAAUCCACUGUGUUCUGAUGAUGAUGGAAAUGCGGAUGGUUUAAAAA